AUGACAGGUGAGAUGGCGGCCUUCUACGGUGAGAAGAAUGAGAGCUUCGGCAAGGAGGGCAACUUGGAGAAGUUGGUUGCUCUCGGCAACAGUCUGCUGCAUGGCUUGCAACUUCGAGAAAUGCAUAACUUCCCCAUCAUUGCAAUGGUCAUAGUUGUUCUGAGAGGAGUGACGGACGUCGUGGGGGCCUUUGUAGAGCUUGUUAUUGUUCCUUCGCUCCAUCCAUCCCCGCAUCCAUCCUCGAAGCAAUAG